UAUUAAGUCAUUUGAAAAUCACCCUGCUUGUGCAAAAAUUAAGGAACACCUAACUAAACAUAUAUGUUAUUGAAAGAUCACAGGUACCAGGUGACUCUCGUCUCUGCUGCUCCUGAGAAAGUGAUUUGUGAAAUGAAAGUAGAAGAGCAGCAUGCUAAUAAAAUGGGCACACUCCAUGGUGGUUUGACAGCCACCUUAAUAGACAGCAUAUCAACUGUGGCUUUGCUGUGCUCAGAAAGGGGUCUGCCUGGAGUCAGCGUUGACAUGAACAUAACGUACGUAUACAAACUACCCCAGAGGCCUUUUGCUUUGAUAAAUCACUUCAAACCAUUAAGACACUGUUUGUAAUACUAAUGAAGUAUGAAAUUUAGUUAAACGCAACUAGAGAUUUUCGCUAAAAGAUUAUGUGGCCUUAAAAACUAGAACUAAAACACAAUUAAUUUCAAGUAUAGUUACCUUGAUGUUUUGAGAUUGGUUCCAGGACUCUGCUCAAAUCCCUCAUAUGAAAAGUCAUUUUUAUUUGGACACAGUGGCACACGACUAUAAUCCCAGCUACUCAGAGGCUAAGGCAGGAGGGAUGGCACGUUUGAGACCAACCAUGGCAACUUAGCAAGACACUGUCUCAAAAACUAAAAAGGGCUGGGAGAGGUAGCUCAGUGGUAAAGCUCCCCUGGGUUCAAUCCCUCAUAUUAGAAAAAAUAAAAUGACAUCUUUAUGUAUAAUCUAUACGUUUCCAUGCAUUCCAAAUCAUCUCUAGAUCACUUAUAAAACCUAAAUAAAUGCAAAUGGCAUGUAAAUAGUUGUUGUGCUGUAUUGUUUGGGAAAUAAGAUAUGUGUUCAGUACAGACACAACUUUUUCUUCAAACACCUUCAAUCCACAGGUGGUUAAGUCUGAGGGUGGGGAAGCUACAGACACAGAGGGCCAGCUGUACAGUCAAUAGUCAAAGGUAAAUGACCCCAAACAUCCAAACAGCACACAGCUUCUAAUAUUCUCCUAGUGGGGAAAAAAGUCACACACUCAACGGUUUGUUUCAUACAGUCCUUAAAGUACUACUGGUAUUGCUGCAAACAUUUUUAUAUGUAUUGAGUACAUACAUACAGAAAAAUCUGAAUAAAAUUAAAAGCAAAGUUGAACGUUCCACCUGUGUAUGUGAGCUUGUGAACUAUAGUGUCAGCAGCAAUCCUGGAUCUCAUGACCUGAAACCUGCACAGCAGAACCAGAGAAGCAGGCCCUAGAUGUCUGUCACUCCAUGUUGUGAAAAUGCCUUCAGGGACCCAACUACCAAAUGUGAAACAUUCAGUUUUCCAACAUGAACUAGUAAUGUCAGUCC